AUGGCGAGGUCUACUCCAUGGCUAACUAUAUUCUCUUUGUAUUUACUUGUACAUUCAUCUAUAGCAGUAGGUAAAGCUGAUGAUCUAAUCAAAUCCUUACCUGGAUUAUCCUUUGUUCCCAAUUUCAAACAGUAUUCUGGCUAUUUGGAUGCAUCUGCUGGAAAUCAUCUCCAUUAUUGGCUUGUUGAAAGUCAGAAUGCACCUUCUACUGCUCCACUUUUGUUGUGGCUGAAUGGUGGACCUGGAUGUUCAUCUUUGGGAGGCUUGUUCACUGAGCUUGGUCCAUUCAGAGUUCAACCUGAUGGAAAAACACUUGUGGAAAACGUUUAUUCAUGGAACAAGAUGUUCAACGUGUUGUUCCUUGAAGCUCCAAGAGAUGUUGGUUUCUCAUACCGUGAUUCUACCACUUUUGGAAAUGAUACCGUUUAUAAUGACUAUAAGACAGCCAACGAUAACGCUUUAGCUCUUAAAUCUUUUUACGAUCGCUUCCCAGAGUACAGUGGAAGAGCUUUCUUCAUCACAGGUGAAUCCUAUGGAGGUGUUUACGUGCCCACGCUGACUAAUCUCAUCAUUACCAUGAUCAAGAAUAAUACUUUACCAAAUGUUAACUUGGUUGGUAUGGCUGUUGGUAAUGGAGAGUUGAGUGCAUACCAACAGACAAACUCAGCUAUCGACCUCUUGUACUACAGAGGAAUGAUUGGAACACAAGAGUACAACCAGUUCUUACCUUGCUGCCAAGCAAACACCGGAGCACCUUUGUCCUAUUGUGACUUCUCUCAAUACAUAACUGUUGGAACUUUCGGAGACUUGCUCCCAAAGAACAACACCAACGAUCCAGUAAGAAACCAAUGCGCUAAUCUUGUCUCUAAGUAUGCUGAAGAUCUUGUCUGGAACACUUACAAUGAUGUAUACAACUCCUAUCAAGAUUGUUACAACUUCACCACUGCUCAAAGCUCAUCAGAAAAAACUGCACGUAACCGUGCCUUCAAAUCGGUCAUGGGUUCAAAAACUCUUCGUAGCUUUGCUAGAACUAACUUCGACGCUAUCGUUACUUCUUCCGCGUCAUCUUCCAAGAGCAGUAAUCCGUUCGUCGACCAAGGAUCUCUCUUCAAUGCACAAUCAACGGAUGCAACCGGAGGCUUUGCAUGUUACAUGGAUGGUGCUACCGAAACAUAUUUGAACCUCCCAGAAGUUCGCAAAGCUCUUAACAUCAACUCACAAUCAGCCUACUGGACCGAUUGCAACAUUCCAAUGAACUCACAAUGGUAUACCCAACAGCAUCAUGAUAUGACCGAGGUCUUCAACCAGAUUCUUUAUUCUAAUUAUAAUCUUCGAAUGCUCAUCUACAACGGAGAUGUUGAUAUGGCUUGUAACUUCCAAGGAGAUGAAUGGUUCAUUGAGAACUUCGCUAAUAUCAACAGAAUGACUUCUGGUGUACGUGGCCAAUGGCGUUUCCAGAAGCCUAAUGGUACACCUGUACUAGCUGGUUAUUACAAGAACUUCAACUAUAAGACUUCUCUCAAUAUCACUUUGAUGACUGUUAAGGGAGCUGGACACUUCGUUCCACUGGAUCGUGCUGGACCAUCUCUUCAAAUGAUUACCAACUUCGUCCAUAAUUUGUCAAAUAACCAAUCUUUGGCUUUCGAUCUCACUCCUCAGCCUCUUCUCGCUCAAUAUACUCCAGCCCCUCAGCCAUCAUGGACGAGAAAACAGGCUGACCGUAUUUGGAAUUUACCCGGCUUAACCUAUAACAUCAACUUCAAGCAGUACUCUGGUUAUCUUAGCGGUGUUCCAGGAAAUUCUCUUCAUUACUGGUUUGUUGAGUCUCAAACCAACCCAGUAACUGACCCCCUCGUUCUUUGGCUCAACGGUGGACCAGGUUGUUCUUCAUUGAUGGGCUUCCUUUCUGAGUUAGGUCCAUUCCACCCUAAUCCUGAUGGAAAAACUUUGUUCGAGAACAUCUACUCGUGGAAUAAGGGAGCUAACGUUCUUUUCUUGGAAAGCCCUCGUAAUGUUGGUUUCUCAUACCAAAACAAAUCUGUCAACACUGAUACCGUUUAUAAUGAUGAAAAGACUGCUUGGGACAGUUUCUUGGCCUUGAAGGAUUUCUUCUCUGUCUAUCCUGAAUACAAUGGCAGACCUUUCUAUGUUACAGGUGAAUCUUACGGAGGAGUAUACGUUCCCACUCUCACUUCUCUAUUGAUUGAUCAAAUCCAAGCUGGAAACUUCUCUGGUUUGAACCUCGUUGGAAUGGCUGUAGGUAAUGGUGAAUUGUCCGCACUCCAACAAAUCAAUUCCGCCAUCCACUUGUUGUACUUCCACGGUAUUUACGGAAAAACUGAAUGGGAUCAGUUGCAACAGUGUUGCAAUGCUACUACUUCGGAUCCAAAGUGGUUUGAGUAUUGUGAUUUCUCGCAAUACAUCAGACUCGGACCUGACGGUACCGCUUACCCCAUUGAUCAAGGAGGAGUCUGUGGUCCACUUGUUGCCUCUAUGGGACAAGAUCGUCUUUGGAACACCAUCAAUGAUGUUUACAACAUCUAUCAAGAUUGUUAUGAACAGAACUCAACUGUGUUCGGUUCCCGAUCGGUAGCUUCUCACAAGGCAGCCUACAAGAAGAAACUUUUCGCUGCCAGUUUCGUCGAUCAAGGAGCUAAAAUGUCCGAAACACUAGUAUCCACUGACAACCAAGGUGGAUUUGUAUGCUACGCAUCGAAUGCUGCUGCCCAAUACUUGAACACCAAGGAUGUGAAAGAUGCUCUCCACGUAAACUCUGCACUAGUUGGUAACUGGUCCUCUUGCAAUGAUGAUAUCAAUGCAGCCUACAUCCAACAGCAUAACGACACUGGCAAAGUUUUCGACCACAUCAUCAAAUCUGGUUAUCCACUUCGUAUGAUGAUCUAUAACGGAGAUGUCGAUACUGCUUGUAAUUUCCUUGGAGACCAAUGGUUCAUUGAGGCCGUUGCCAAACGCUGGGGAAUGUCAGUCAGCAAGGAUUUCAAUCAAUGGAGAUAUUCCAACCAAAUUGCUGGUUAUGCUAAACAAUUCAAGUUCGCUUCCGGAAGUAUCGAUCUCGUAACUGUCAAGGGAGCUGGACAUUUAGUUCCAUCAGACAGACCAGGACCUGCUCUCCAGAUGUUCACCAAUUUCCUCAGAUCUCAAGAUUUCAGUAACCCUGCUCCUUAUAACACUAAUUUCACACCUCUACGUAGUGAUUUUGAUAGAAGAGAAAAGUUGGCUGCUUUAGUUAAAGCUCAAUCUUCUUCUCCUGCUGCUGCAGCCUCUUCGAAAUCUUCUGGAAGUUCGAUUCGUAAAGGAAGACUUGGCUUGAGACAGAGAAGUGUUCGCAGAGCUCGCGAAAACAAAGAUGAUUUAACCAAGAGAGCCAAGAGAGAUGUUACUCCAGCUCCACCCCCACCUCCUAAAGGAGACAAGAAUGCUGAUCUCAUCCUAGAUCUUCCUGGUUUAACCUUCACUCCUAAUUUCAAGCAAUAUUCUGGAUACCUCACUGCAUCCGCUGGAAAUUAUUUACAUUACUGGUUUGUCGAGUCUCAAGGAAAUCCAGCUACCGAUCCUUUGAUUCUUUGGCUCAACGGUGGACCCGGAUGUUCUUCCGUCGGAGGCUUCCUUGAAGAACUUGGGCCUUUCCAUGUCAAUCAAGAUGGCAGUACUCUGUUCGAAAAUGUUUUCUCAUGGAAUAAGGUUGGAAACGUCUUGUUCCUCGAAUCUCCCCGUGAUGUUGGUUAUUCAUACAGAUCUAACGAAGUCCCAGCUAAUACUAUGUACAACGAUACUUAUACUGCCUCUGAUACUGUUCUUGCUUUGCAAUCCUUCUACGCCAAGUUCCCAGAAUACAAAAACCGCCCAUUCUACAUCACAGGAGAAUCAUAUGGAGGAGUUUAUGUACCAACUCUUACCAGAGCUUUGAUUCAACAAAUCCAGAGCAAGGCAAUGGAUUAUGUCAACUUAGUUGGUAUCGCUAUUGGAAAUGGUGAACUUUCCUCUUUCCAACAGAUCAACUCUGCUGUUUCCCUUUUAUACUUCCGUGGUGAACAUGGAAAGAGUGAUUACGAUUCUCUUUCUCAAUGUUGCAAUGGAUCAGUAACUCAUCAAACAUAUUGCGAUUUCAUGCAAUACGUCGUCUUGGACUCUCAAGGAAACGCUAUGCCUAAGUACAAUGAUGGUUCUGUUGCUGCUCAGUGUGGUCAGAUGGUUGUACAACAAGGAUUCUUAGAUGUUUGGGAGACUGACAAUGAUGUGUACAACACCUUCGAAGAUUGCUACACACCUAAUGAUGGCUCUACCAUUUUGAACAAAAAGUCAAACAGACGUUCCAAGAGAGAAGUUCCUGUUCUUCUUUCUAAUCAACAAUUCGUCGAUCAAGCUCAAAAAAUCCACUACACCGGAACAGAUGCCAACGGAGGAUUUUCUUGUUUCUCAGGAGAUUCAUCUCAAAGCUACAUGAACUUGAAAGAAGUCCGUAAAGCUCUCCAUAUCCCAGACGCAUUAGGAAGUUGGUCCGAUUGCAAUGAUGAUAUCAAUGGAAACUACGUUCAACAGAAUAGUGACACUACUCCCGUUUUCAUGGAUAUCCUUAAGUCACAGUAUAAGCUGAACAUCCUCAUUUAUAAUGGAGAUGUCGAUAUGGCUUGUCAAUUUUUGGGAGAUCAAUGGUUCAUCGAAAGCUUGGCUCAAAACAACGGAAUGACUGCCUCUGCUCGCACCUCGUGGAACUAUACUCAAACUUCUCACGCACCAAGAAUUGGAGGAUAUGUUAAAUCUUUCAACUUCAUGAACAAUCAGGUCACCAUCGAUCAAGUCACUGUUAAGGGAGGAGGUCAUUUCGUUCCUCAAGAUCGUCCAGGACCAGCUCUUCAAAUGAUCACCAACUUCAUUAAGAAACAAUCAUACUCUACACCUUUGGCUGAUUCUGUUGUUAACAGAAAACCAUUAUUACCCGCCUACACUCCCCAACCUCCAGUUAAUGUCGCUCGUCGUCAUCUUGAGAAGUCUGGUAUUCUUCCUGGACUAACAUUCCAACCCACUUUCGGACAUCACUCUGGAUACCUGAAGGCUACCCCUGGAAACUUCUUGCAUUACUGGUUUGUCGAGUCACAAGGAGAUGUACAUUCGGAUCCUGUUAUUCUGUGGUUGACUGGUGGACCAGGAUGCUCAUCAUUAGGUGCUUUCCUUGGAGAACACGGUCCAUUCCUUGUAAACCCAGAUGGAAAAACUUUGUUCGAGAACGUGUACUCCUGGAAUAGAGGAGCUUCUGUCAUUUAUUUGGAGUCUCCAAGAGCAGUUGGAUUCUCUUACCAAGAUCAUAGUGUCACCAAUGACACUACUUGGAACGAUGACAAGAGUGCCAUCGAUGUAUCUCUGGCUAUCCAAGAUUUCUUCAAUACUUAUCCAUUCCUUCAAAAGAAUCCAUUCUACAUUACUGGAGAAUCAUAUGGUGGAGUAUAUGUUCCAACUGUAACAGCUCAAGUUCUUGAAGACAUCAAGAACAACAAAGUCAAUGUUAACCUCCAAGGUAUGUCCAUUGGAAACGGAAUGCUCAGUGUGAUUCAAGAUAUCAGAACACUUCCUGACUACCUCUAUUACCACGGAAUUUAUGGAAAAACCGAGUGGGAUGCACUCCGCGCUUGUUGUCCAAACGUUGCUUCUAACAAUAACCAAUUGACUUGCCAAUACGAUUACUACAUCAACAUUGGACCUGAUGGUGGUUAUUCCGCUAAGAACUUCACUGGAGCUGAUUCCGCAAGACUGAACCAGUGUGCCCAACUUGUAAUCCAAAUGACACAAGAUCGUAUUGGAACUGAAGGAUUCGAUAUCUACAACAUCUACCAAGACUGCUACGGUAACGGAAACAAUGUCUUCAAUCUUGCUUCUGAAUCCAAAUCCCGAAGCAACAAACGUCCCCUCUAUAGAAAAGAAUUUGCUGCUCGCAUGAGCAAUCUCGAUGUUAGUCCAGCUCCUGUGAAUCCAUUGCAAAUGGAUCCAUCGUCAACUGACAGCUUCAGCGGAUUCCAAUGUUACAUGACUAGCGCUACUACUGCUUACUUGAAUCAAGCCCACGUACGAUAUGCAUUGAACAUUCCAGAAUACGUCCAAGACUGGCAAUUCUGCAGAGAGGACAACGCCUUCGAUUAUACACUCCAACACAACGACACCACUCCUAUUUUCGAGAAAAUCUUCAGUUAUGGACGUAAAUUAAGAAUCCUCAUAUACAACGGAGAUGUUGAUGUUGCAUGCGGUUUGUUCGAAGCUCAAGGAAUGAUUGAAAACUUGGCUCAGAGAAAUAAAUUCACGGUAUCCAAAUCCCGGGAUCAAUGGGUGUAUGCUCAGCAAACGGCUGGUUAUUAUAAGAAGUUCAGCGGACCAAACACUGAUAUCUACUUGGCUACUGUCAAGGGAGCUGGUCAUAUGGUUCCUACCGAUAGACCAGGACCAGCCUUACAGCUUCUUACUAACUUCUUGAUGAACAAUGAUAACUUCAGUACUGCAGUCCCAUACGAUUUGACUAGACAACCUCUCUUACCACAAUACACUGAAAACGGAGCUGGCCCUGUUCCAAAUCCCAACUCAACAACCACCUCCACUACCACUACAACUCCAACACCAACCACCACGACUACUAAACGAAUGACGACAGUAACUAAGAAAUUCACCACUACUACAGUUCGAACAACAACAAAAGGAGCAGCUGUAUUCUCACCAUUUUUGGCUUUAAUUGUUUCCUUCUUCUUCUUCUAG